AUACGAAUUGAUACGAAUACGAGUACGAGUACCGUCAGGUUGGUCAAUUCAGUAUUCAGAAUCGUAGAAUUUUGAAUUUUCCGUACGUGUACGAGAGUCGUGAGUGAAUCGUAUCGUAUCGUGGUAUCUGGUGGUAUCGUAUCCGGUCCGGUUAGCUAAGAAUGUGUCAAACAGGGAAGUUUUUAAAUUGUUGUUAAUUUAGAAGUUAAUUUUUUUAUUAAGUUUUACCUAAGUGCGAAAUUUUCAAAAAUGGGCCAACACGUAUCUAGAACAGAUUUCGAAUGGGUAUAUACCGAGGAACCUCACGCUAGCCGCAGGAAGCAAAUCUUAGAAAAAUAUCCCCAAAUCAAGAAACUCUUUGGAUACGAUCCGAACUUCAAAUGGGUCGUAACGAGCAUGGUACUUACACAAUUCGUACUGCUGUACUUACUCAAAGAUAGGUCAUGGCCAGUGCUAAUUUUAGUAGCGUAUUGCUUAGGAGGUGUCAUCAAUCACUCGUUAAUGUUGGCUAUACAUGAAAUUUCCCACAAUUUGGCGUUUGGACACGCACGGCCGUUGCACAACAAAUUAUUUGGAUUUUUUGCCAAUUUGCCAAUAGGAUUACCGAUUACUAUAAGCUUUAAGAAAUACCACUUGGAACACCACAGAUAUCAAGGUGACGAACAGAAAGAUACGGACAUCCCAACGUACAUAGAGGCCAAACUAUUUUGCACGACCUUUGGAAAAUUCAUUUGGGUGAUACUGCAACCGUUUUUCUACUCUUUCCGCCCACUCGUAGUUUAUCCGAAGCCGCCCACGCUUUUGGAAUUCGUAAACCUGGUAAUUCAACUCGCCUUCGAUGCUCUCGUUGUUUAUUUUUUCGGAGGAAGAAUGUUGGGAUAUCUCCUUAUUGGAUCUGUCAUGGCUAUGGGUCUUCAUCCGGUAGCGGGACACUUCAUCAGUGAACAUUACAUGUUCAAAAAGGGCUACGAAACGUACAGUUACUAUGGUCCCUUGAACUGGAUAACAUUUAACGUGGGGUACCAUAACGAACAUCACGAUUUUCCUGCUGUUCCUGGUUCAAGAUUACCAGAGGUAAAGAGGAUAGCACCGGAAUUCUACGACAACCUACCGCAGCACCACAGCUGGAGUGCAGUGUUAUACGACUUCGUGAUGGAUCCAGAUGUAGGACCUUACGCCAGAAUCAGGCGAAAAGCCAAAGGCCUAUCAACGUAAUUCCCAUCGACAAAACACCAAAUUACCUAUAAUUUUAUUGCUCGCGUCUCAUUAUGAUUGUCUGUGACAAAAUGAGACGAGGACAGUAAAAUCUUUUGCUUAUGUGUGGUUAAAAGUAGCCUUUAGUUGACUGUACAUAACCAGUGACUUAUGUCCUUUUUAAAUAUAGUUUAUUUAUAAUAUAAUACUUAUUUAAAAAUGUUAUUCUUUCUCCAACAUUGUGAUAUAUGUACAGUGCCUGUAAUUCGUGUGUAAAGAUUAUAAUUAUUUCUAAAAAAAAGUCGUUGAAAAAUAACAUCAAAAUUCUUUUUGUUUAUUUUCCUAUUGCCUCUUGCUCUGCCGUACACAUAUACAUAUAAUACCUAGAUUGCGCACUGCAAUCUAAAACUGUUUCCCCAGUGCGACAGAGAAGUGUUUGUAUUUAGGGUAGGCAUUUCUUUCUAAUCGACGUGUUUUAUCCAAUGGCAUGGAUAUAUCGACCAAGUGACUAAAUUUGAUAAACCCUCUUAGAAAGAGAAGACCCCAAAUACAAACAUUUUUCUCUGACGCAUGUAACGGGUAGUUCUUUCAAGAAAACAGACUCAGUAAAACACAGGUUAGAAUAAAAUAAAUAUAUUCAGGAUAUUUAUUGUACAGUUCAAAUUUAAGAAGAAUAAGAAAAAUCCUUUAUAAAAGGUAUACAAUUUUUUUAUUAAAAAUCCCUUUAAGGGCUACAUCACAACAAAACGUUUUCGAUUUUAUAAAAAAUCAUCAUCAGUGACAGAUUGAAUGCCAGCUGAGCCACCAAAGAAAUAUUCGGGUAAAAACACUUUAAAUAUAGUAUGGAUGCAUUAAAGGUGCAUACUUAAAUAAAAUGCCUUAGGAUGGAUACAUGGCAACAAGGAUAAUGCCCAUCUUGCUACGCUAAACUCAGCUUUGGAAAGAUAGUCGAAGUUAGUUAUGCAGUUUGAAAGAAAGUAUAGAAUAGAGAAGAAGGAAGGAAGAAGAAAAGAAUAGAGCACCGGCUAAGUAAGCUCGAAAAACAAGAGACUAAAAAGAAGGUGGGAUUCGAGAGCCAGAAAAAGGAAUAAAAUUAAAACAGAUUUCUUUCUGAAAUAAUUUGGGCGUGAAAGAAGGAGAGCUGGAAGAAUAACAGACAGAGAUCCUGAACAAACUAAAAUGGAGGGCGCGAGUCUUGCUCUUGGUUUAAAGUAGAGUUGCCAUUAAGUCAUUGGAAUGUAAACAACUCGAUUUGCAUCCCACGUGUUGGGAAAUUCAAUACCUUACCUAAGGGCAUUAUCCUUGUUGCCAUGUAUCCAUCCUAAGGCAUUUUAUUUAAGUAUGCACCUUUAAUGCAUCCAUAUUAUAUUUAAAGGGUUUUUACCCGAAUAUUUCUUUGGUGGCUCAGCUGGCAUCCAAUCUGUCUAACACUGAUGAUGAUUUUUUAUAAAAUCGUAAUCGUUUUGUUGUGAUGUAUGUAGCCCUUAAAGGGAUUUUUAAUAAAAAAUUUUAUACCUUUUACAAAAGAUUUUUUCCAAUUUUUGUGAUUGAUGGUAUACAGCCAACUACAGGAAAAAUUUUUCUUUUCCUUGUGGAUUUUUUUAAAAUAAUAAAAUAAAUCAUUCUAUCUUCGCCCCGUUCCGGAGCAAGCUACCUAUGCGGCUGUCUGCAAAAGAAAUAAAAUUUUAUUUAUAACUAUUAUCAAAAUUAUAAUAACACAGUACAUAUAUACAAUCGCAAUCUCGCUAUACGGAAUUAAUAUAAUUACACACUCAAACUCGUAGUCCCCAAUCAAACAUCGACCCAUCAGCCAGCUCUGGGCGGAAGUGGCGGCUACCGCUCGCUGCGGUUACGGUUCCGGCGGAACACCUCCUCACUACAGAGCGCAUGCACCUCGGCAGGUUCCAAUUCAUUCCAUUGCAUCUCUGCCGUUCGAGUUCUUCCGGGUUCACUACACCGAGAGGAACUGCUUUUAUGAUUUUCCUUUCUCGUCUUAAGUACACUCUCGGUAGCCAUCACUCCUUUGGUUUCGCCGGAGAGGUGGUAAAGUUUGUUUAGCAGUAAAUGGUUGACUUAAAAUAGUACCGGCUUAAACAUCCUGGGUUAACCGAUAAUAGUAUAAAAGGCCCGGUUUCAGGUAAAAUUUAAAUAUGUUUGAAUGUUUUUUUUCUAUAACCUUAGCAAUUAAAAUAUAUUUAAUUUAUUUUAAAACUCAUUUGAAAACAUUAAUUUCGGGUAUAUAAGGCAAAGCAUAUUUUACAUCCAUUUUUCUUUUGUUUUUGUCGUCAAAAUUAUUGUAAAUUUUGUGGAUCCUUUGUUUUAUUAUAGGAGUACCGUUUAAUUAGUGUUAAUUGUCAAAAGACCAACUCUGUCUACCUCGUUUGCUUAUCGCUUCGGACCGAUCUUAACAAUGGGCCAAGUCAGAUAAAUUUAAUAAUAUUUACGACCGCACUAAUUGAAGUCAACCAUUUACUGCUAAACAAACUUUACGUAGGGGGGCUGCGCCAAUAUGGAAACGCGUCGAUCUGCCCAACGCCGACUGCAGGCAUCAUAUCAUUACAGUCACUGGAAAACAAUUUAAAUUGCGCUCAGUCUAGGUAUUAUAUGUCUAUGCCCUCACAUAGCCAAUGUUCUAGCCUCAAAAUCUUUUACUGCUAAGUUGAGUUUUUAUUACAAGGUUUUCUGAAGCUUAUUCACAUGUGCCUUGAACUUUUUAUCCAUUUUUACAUCGUAGAUUGUGUAUUUUAAUAAAGUUUUUAUCUUCUAAUACACAGAAAAUAAAUAAAUUCUACUGUAGUUUUCUGUUGUACCUAAAACAUAGAAUAAAGACUUUUUAACCAAGUGAGACUGAAUGCCAAACAUUUUAGAAGCUAGUCUACUUAACAAGUGACGUUAUUCCUACACCGAUCAAAUAUGAAUAAUUUUGAAGAGCUUAUUUCCAAAAUGUCUUAAAUCCAUGAAAUGCUGAAACUCGGAAAUCAUAGAUUUUUAUGUAAAAAAAGUAGUCAAGAUGCAACUUUAGGAAGAGGUCUAAUAUUUCACAAAUUAUAUUAUCAAUAUUUAUACACAUAUACAGAAAUCUUGAGUCUUUCGUUAUUCACACAAAAAAUGUACGUCUGAAACACAAAUGCUUGCCGUUUACUCUAAGCAUCAACGAGGAAGCAGUCAUGAUUAGUCACGUGGCUUCUAAUGAGACCUGACCAGUGACCUGACAAAUCCCCACAUGCUCUGCCAUCUUUUUUUAAUAUGACAAGUGACAGAUGACGUUCAACGACUUAUUACUUGCAAUUAAUUUAAGAGAUAUAGAUUAUCUCAGGAUAGGUUUGUAUAAAAUACUCUAAAUAUAAAAGAUCUGACACUGUAUAUUAUUUAUUGUAAUUUAAAGGAAAUCUUUCAGAUAAUUUUUUGCGUAUGGGUUAUUUACGCACUGAAAUUUUUGAAAAAAUACCUGAAAACGCGUUAGUGAAUUGUAUGAUACUCUACUAUUCAUCAAUAGUCGAUGCUAGUAACAAAAUUUUGUUUUGAGUUAUUUUUUGUUGUUUUGAUAAAAUACUUUCCAAAAUAAAAUUUGAACUAAAUUUUCUAUUGACAGUAACGAAAUUCAUAUUACUGUAGCAAUUUCGUCUUCAUGCAACAAUGUUUUGCAACAAUCCGUUAGUUGGAGCAUUAUAUAAAAAAUUGUGCCAAUUUUCGGGGCUUUUCUUGAACUCCAGCUUGACAGCCAAGAAAAAGAGUGACACUACUUUUAUAGCUAACAAAUGCAAGCAAGCAUAAGCGCGGUAUAAUGACAAUGCUAACGAAUUAGUAGGCCCACUCUCGAUUUUGACAGUUCCAAUUUUGCAAUCACUCCUGAGACAAAAUUUUGAAUGCGCGACGAUAACCACCAAUCACGGCAAACGUAGUAUAACUGUCAUUCAUCUGCGCAAAGGAAUAAAAUUCUUAAUGAAUUCAGUGACAUUGUCACCAGAAUGGCACGGUUCUUAGACAUUAACUACGGUUGCCCAGAUCGACUAACCAAUUAACAUUAAUGCAGGGACGUAUUUAUAGUUUUUUAAUGGGGGGGAUCCUAAUUUCCAAAUUAAGUAAAACCGGGGCUUGGUUUUGAAAUACCUUUGAAAAAAAUAAUAAAAACAAAUUUCUAAAAAAUUUAUUAAAACUUAAAAGACCGUUUUACAAAAUUAAAUUCAUUCUCUUCCUUCUUUCAGCUAACUUAUUUACAAUUUCUGAGGAAUUUAGACCUAUUGUCACAUUCCGAUGAAUACUCAUGAGAGCUAAUCCUGUAAGCCUCUCGUCUCCCAUUCUAUUUCUAAAAUAAGUUUUUAACCGUUUAAGUGAUGAAAAAGUACGUUCAGGUGUGGCAGUAGAUACUGGAAGUGUUGCUAAAAUUUUAAGAAGUUUCCUAACCGUUGGAAAAAAAAUUUCAUCACAUCGGUCCAUAGCUUCCAGUGCAGUAGACGGCUGUUCUUGAUUGCACCAGUGGUUGUGCCAAAGCUCAUACUCACUUACUAAAUGUUUUAUUUCAACUUCCCUGAGAAAUAUUUCUCCGAUUCCUGCUAUACAUUUCUUUGCUCUCUCAGUAUUUUGGGUGCGAUCUGGUAGAAGCAACUGAAUUCCUGAAAUUGCUUCUUCGUGAGGUUUAAAGCGAGCAUCAAGCUCGGUCACUACAUGUUCUAUAAAUGGAUAAAAUAUAUUUCGCCGAUAGUAAACUUCAGCAGUGUCCCCUGGUAUAUUAUUGCGGUUUAAUUGUCUCCUACUUACUCUUGGAACAGUUAUAUCUGCUGAAAUUAAUUUUUUUGCUUCCUCAAAAAGAUUUGAGAAUUCACGUUCGUUACGAAGGUUCUGUAAAGUGGUUUUUAUUGUUUUUACGUAACUGCAAGAGUCGGUUAAAUCUACAUUGACUUUUUAUAGGGUUCGGUUUAAGCUUGACGUAUAGGAGAAAACCUUCCUUAAAAUAGUUAGUGAAACUAUAAAUUGACUGUUUUCAAUUGCGACUUGUAACUGGUAAGCUUAGCAAUUUCCCUUCCAGAUUCUUGAAGUUCUUGAAGCACGGAAUUUACUACAGGAAACAUCUCAGCAAAUCUUUCGACGGCUGUAUGUUUUUCUGUCCAGCGUGUCUCGCAAAGCGAGAUAAGCGUUGAAUGAGGUGCUCCAAUCUCGUCCGCAGUUCUUUUUAAAAGUCCAUCCCGGAGUGCAGAUUGCCGAAAGAAGUUAAUAGUUCCGAUGCAGUUUCGUAUUGCAGGGAUCUCGCAUGAAUGACCCAAAACUAAGUUUAAUGUGUGCGCCACACAGUGUACGAAUAGUGCUCGAGGAUAUUUGUCCAUGAUUAUUGUUCUUACUCCUUUAAAUCGUCCGCUCAUCACAGCCGCACCAUCAUAGCCCUGGCCAACUAAAUUCUCCAAAUCUAAUCCAAACGACUUAAGUUUAUCGAUGAUUAUCGUAGCUAGAGCUGAUCCUGUUACUUCAUCAACGUGGAUAAAUUCAAUGAAAUCCUCUCGAAUAAGUGCCUUUCCAGAAGAGCAGUCUACAUACCGAAGGCAAAGUGAGAGUUGUUGGUGACGCGAAAUGUCUCGAGUUUCGUCGGCAAGUACAGCAAAGAAACCUGAUUGUUUCACUCUAUUUAUUAUUUGCUCCUGAAUAGCAUUUCCACACAAAUCAAUAAUUUCAUUUUGAAUGACGGACGAUGUGUACAUAGCCCGAGAAUGAUUGCUUUGAGAAAUAAGGUGAUUUUUAAGUACUUCAUCACCAGCUUGCGCACGAAAACGAAGUAGUGCACGAAAAUUACCGUCAUUAUGUAGAGGAUCUAUAAUACCGAUUUCACCAGAGUCUUGAUUUCCUCUCAAAGGCAAUUCCUGCCGUCCGCAAAAUAAGAUUGUGUCCACUAUGGCACAUAGCCUUUCUCUAUUUUCUCGGGCAAUUUUUUUAUUUUCUUUAUUAAACGACUCUGUAAUAUCACGAGUUUGACCUUCCAUAACGCUUACAAAAUUUCUUGCCCGUUCAACAGCAUAUUUAUGAUAAUUUGUAGUUCGAUGAUGUUCCAUUUUUUCCAGUUAUUAAAUGGUUUUGUGACAAAACUUCCAAGUUUUUGAUCACCGCGACCACCUUCGGUCUGUCCAAAUAAAACGCACAUUUUGCAUAAUGAUCCUUGUAACAUAUUUGAAUAUACUAACCAUGGAUUCUUUUGGGUCCAAUGACGUUGAAAACAAAGUUUCCUUUUACCACAGACGGGGAACUUAAAAGUCUCUGGAGAGGUCAAAGUUUCUUUUAAAACUGUUAAUUUUUCUUCGUCAUUUUUUGGAUUAUUUGAUAAAUAUUUACCAAAAUCGUAGUCCAUACCAGAAUCCAGAUCAGCUAAAAAAAUGCUUUAAAAUGGUGAGAAAUUAAAAAUAAAGUAACUUACCAUGGCUUGUUUCUCUGUUUCUAUCUGAGGUGGAGGGAGUUGGAGCAUCCCCAUCUGUACUAAUAUCCAUACUCGGCGUAGUUAGGAUUUUAUCGUUUUGAGGGUUCAGUUCAUCAUUAGUUUUCCCCUUCUUUGGAAAAAAUCCCAAAAGCGACUGCUGUAAAGUUCGUUUCAUACUUCUUUCACUAAAACAUUAAUAUUAAGCAAUAUCCAAAUAAUAAUUAUUAUAUUAUCUAUUUAUACGUAACGACACUGUAGAUACUUACACAAACACCACAAAAAUUUCGACAAAUACAACAGUUUACUGAAUUUGUACUUGUACAAUAGCAACAAAAUAAAGAAAACAAUACACAAAUCCACAUAUGCACCGGCCGGCCGACAAACAAGACUGGCACUAGACAGCACUAGACUGCGACUCAUAUAUAACCACCGUUCAGUAAUAGAAUAAGUUGGGUCACUCUCGACUUAGCGCCGGUUUACCUGCCCCCGUCGUCUCACGCCCCGUACCUACCAAAUUCUCUCCAGUCAGUCCUCUCAAAAUUUCUAUCGUUCAGGCACCGUUCAGUGUAUUUGCGGAGCGUUCAAUAUAAUUUAUGACUACCGGCAAAAAAUCUUUCGGCGAGAGCCGAGAUCAAAAGAGUGAACCUACUAUUUGGAAUAUGUGUACGGUGAUAUAACUACUGAUAGCGUUCUAAUUCUAAUAGGUAUUAGUUUAUCUGUAUCUACGCUGCUACUGCGGACCGACAGCAUCCGUGCGCUGACUCAUUAAUUUAUUUUUAUUUUUUAUAGAUGUAAUGAUAUUGGAUUAAAAGUAAUAGUUUUGCAUGGACUGCAAGGAGGGGGUUUGAACCCCCUAAACCCCCCGCAUGAAUACGUCCCUGCAUUAAUGUAAUAUACUGUAAUUUGAAUCGUAAUCUGAUUAAUCGGUAUUUUUAUGUCUUUGAUGUAUGAAAAAUAGUCAAGAUAGUUAAGAAAUAAAGAUGUUUAGUGAAUUAUAAUACCUAAUUAUGGAAAACUGUUAAUAUUUAUCCAACGGUUAAUGCAAUAUUUACGGAAAUCUAGGACUUCAAUCUCCAUUCUACACUGAAAAUUUGUCGCUGAAUAUCCAUUAAUACUGCAUUAACUAUUGAAUACAUACCAUCCUUAGAGGCCAGCUAGGAUUAUGUGAAUUAUAAUUACUUGUAUAAUUUAUUGUAAGAAUUUAAAUAAUAGGUAAUAAAUUUGGCCACACUACAGUCUGUACCUAGCAUUCUAAAAUGUCAUGAACAUUAUUAUUACGUUAAUACAUAAUGAAAUUUUAACGUUUUAACCUACCUUAUAAAUAUAUAUUAUUAUUUAAGCUCCUACAAUAGGUACAAUGUGCAACUACAUAUAAUAAAUAACUUCAUGAAUAAUUCAAAAUAAAUUUUUACGCGAAACAACACCAAAAUUACAAAUACAAAAAUAUAAAUUUAACUAGGAUGUAUUAAAAGAUAAUUAAUAACACAAAUAAUACACAUACAUACACAAUAAUACACAUUCAAUGAUCGAAAAUCAUUUAAACAUAUGGGAUGGUGUAUUCUUGUGACGUAAAGUCAAAAAUAUAAAAAUGUAUAAACAUUUUCAAUGUCUUUGCAACACGAAAAUGCAGCAGCUGCAUAAUGCUCUGGUUAAAUCGGAGAGUGCAGGAAGAGUCUAUACCGGUUUCGGAGGUCUUUUCCCCCUCAUCAGUAGUCCCAUAUCCUCUUCUCUCCGAUUUCCCCAGGCAUCACACUUUGGGCCUUUCCGUAUUGCAAAGAAAGAAAUGUCACGGAUGAACUAGAGUUAUCUACCGAAAAACAAAGUAAGUUAUCAAUCGAAGUAGCACAGAAAACGACAAUAAAUAUCGUUCCCGAAAAUUUUAAGUCUUAAUUUCCUCGGUAUCCUGUAUGGUUUAUAAAUUUUGAAAAUCUCAGGAGGUGUAACCAAAGAAAAUAUUCCACCUGUUGUCAAUCUGGUGGUAUUGGAACGAUAUUUAUUGUCGUUUUCUGUGCUACUUCGAUUGAUAACUUACUAUGUUUUUCGGUAGAUGGCUCUAGUUCAUCCGUGACAUUUCUUUCUUUGCAAUACAGAAAGGCCCAAAGUGUGAUGCCUGGGGAAAUCGGAGAGAAGAGGUUAUGGGACUACUGAUGAGGGGGAAAAGACCUCCGAAACCGGUAUAGACUCUUCCUGCACUCUCCGAUUUAACCAGAGCAUUAUGCAGCUGCUGCAUUUUCGUGUUGCAAAGAAAUUGAAAAUGUUUAUACAUUUUUAAUUAAUUUACUCUUUUGUAGGAGUAUUAAGGAAUCUUUCUUGUUGGAACUUUUACCACGCUGAGCAGAUGAGUUGUGAAUUAUUUAAAAUUCUCUCAUAUUAAUUUUCUCGGCAUCCUGUAUGAUUUAUAAAUUUUGAAAAUCUCAGAAGGUGUAACCAAAGAAAGUAUUCCACCUGUUGUCGAUCUGGUGGUAUGGGAACGAUAUUUAUUGUCGCUUUCUGUGCUACUUCGAUUGAUAACUUACUUUGUUAAAAAUAUAAGUCUCCCCACCACCGUCGGACAAGACAACCGUAGUAAAUGUCUAAUAACCGUGCCAAAAUGGAACAUAUUUUUCGCGGAGUGUCCCUACUGAUUCGUUAGCGUUAUACUGUGGCAUAAGUCUGUCUCACCUGUUACUCCCCGUUAUACCACUAUUUUACUAUCUUUCGACCAAUGAAUGUUGUAGGUAGUAGACUAAGAGCCGCUAUAGGUGAAAUUUCUUAAUCAUUUUAGGCACGAUGGGACCCUAUAACUUAAAUAGUAGAACCUAAAAGAAAACGUUUGAACACUGUGCCGUCACUUUUCAGUGGCACAUGCGUCGACAGUGGCGCAUCAAACUUUCCACUUAUGGACGGGAUAAGUAAAUUAAAAGUUAACAGAACUUACUAACAGAAUUAAAUUUUUUUUAUUUUUUUAAGUUCUAUGUGAUUAACACAUAGGAUUCAUCGUGAUUUUAACCCACCACCCCCUUCCCCUGCCCCCCCCAUCAAAAACUUCAUUUUUCGUUUUUAUUUUUUUUUUGGUGGGAUGCAAUCAAUUUUAAAAUUUCAAAAAAUUCACACGCAUAGUUGAGGCUUUUAUAAAACAUGCCUAUUUUUUAUAGACCCAUAGGUAGAGUGUACGUAACCUCAAAAAAUUAAAAGAAAUUUUUUUUCAAAAAAGCGUAUACCUUUAUUUGAGGAAUAGCUGCCGGUCUAAUUUUUUCUUAAUCUUGUGUGUUUUAUCAAACACUAUAUUUUAAAUUUUUUUCAGAUUUUUCCGUAAGUCUCCCCACCUUCAAAAAUCCGAAAAACUGUUUUUUGGGGGGUUUUGGGGGAUUUUCCCUAUUUUAUAGACUUCAUAAUAUAUCAAAUCAAUUUUGUUUUUAUAGGUUAUAUGUAACUUGAAGUAACUGAGUUCUUUAGAAUAUUUAAAAAUCAGAAAAACACGUUCAAACCCCCCAAAACCCCCUUAAAAAACAGUUUUUUGGAUUUUUGAAGGUGACCAACGUUACAGAAAAUUCUGAAAAAAAUUAGAAAUAUAGUGUUUGAUAAAAUACACAAGACUAAGAAAAAAUUAGAUCUGCAGCUAUCCCCAAAAAAAAGUUAUAUACUUUUUUUUUCAAAAAAAAUUUUUUUAAAUUUUUUUGAGGUUAUGUACACUCAACCUACAGGUCUAUAAAAAAUAGACGUGUUGUAUAAAACCCUUAACUAUGCGUGUAAAUUUUUUGAAAUUUUAAAAUUGAUUGCAUCCCACCAAAAAAAAAUAAAAUCGAAAAAUAAAGUUUUUGAUGGUGGGAGAAGGGGGUGGUGGGUUAAAAUUACGAUGAAUCUUAUGUGUUAAUCACAUAAAACUUAAAAAAUGAAAAAAAUUAAAUUCUGGUAAUUAGGGAGGGUAUUUUUUAAUUUAUGUAUCCCGUCCAUAAGUGGAAAGUUUGAUGCGCCACUGUAGACGCAUGUGCCACUGAAAAGUGACGGCACAGUGUUCAAACGUUUUCUUUUAGGUUCUACUAUUUAAGUUAUAGGGUCCCGUCGUGCCUAAAAUGAUUAAGAAUUUUCACCUAUAGCGGCUCUUAGUCUAUAGAUGAUCAUGUAUUUUUGCAUUGCUCGCUUGUUAGUGUAAUUUUUUGACACUUGUUUCAUUAUUGUUGUCCAGUGCUUAACUAUUCUACAAUUUAAAAAAUAUUUUUAAUCGUCUUCAACUGAAAGCUACUUUACACCGAAAAAUGCUGUGAAAUUAUAUGUAUAUUAUUUAUUGUGAUUUAAAAGCAUGUUAUCAGUUAGGUAAUUUUAUGUGAAAUUGAUAUGUCAAAUAUAAUGGAGCACUUAUUGUUUUGAUAAAAAUUAAAAUGCUUACCUGGAUACUCGAAUGUUUAAGAUGAGUUACGUAAUUUUUUCAGUCAAAUUGUUACAUUGUUUCAAGAACAUAAUAUUAUAUUUUUUCAAGGAAAAGAAAAAUAAAUAGCGGGUAACAAUCA